AUGAUAGGUGCAUUACAUGUAAGUCUGAUGUUCAGCUCAGUCAAACUCUAUGUUUUGCCAGAUGCUGACGUUUUGUCUGAUAAUAGCUUUCGUGUAACAAGACCCAGCAUCACAGUGGUACACUCCAACCCAAAGAGUCAUAGAAUCCCCCCGGGGGGAGGGGGUUAUGUAAUACUUCCUAACUCUUUUCACAUAAAACAAAAUGACAACAGAGGUGAAAGGGCUGCAUGUUAUUUUGCUGUUAACUUCUUUGAAGCCUGCAGCUUAGUGAAAAAUAAAAGACACUAUUUAAACAUCAUGAACGGUAGAAAUGAACUUCUCAAUGACUUCUAUAAAGCUUACCUAAUCAACGAUCGAUUGUAGGGUUUGUGCUUAAUGUAAAGCUGAUACCAUUAGCAGACUGAGGAAAAUCAAAAUGAUGGCAGAUGUCAAGUUCAAGAGCUAUAAACGCUGAAAAUAAAGUACAGUACAUCAAUCGGAAGAGAAGGAUCCGAGACAAGGUGAUUUCCAAACGGUGUCUGUGAAGACUGCUGAGAUGAUUGGAGACCUGGAAACUUGUACCCAAGCCUCGAACGUGAUUUGGACACAGGCAGCCCAAGCUUAUGCUAUAAUGUUGUGGCGUGGCAAGGCUAAGGUGCGCACAGUUUAUUCUCAUUCCUUUUAGCUUUUAUUGUUUUUGUUAUUGAUCUUUGAUCUUUGACAAUUUUCAGGUUAGCCUGAAUUUCAGACAUUCCUUCUCGUCACAUAGCGUAAAGGUAGCUACGCCCCGAAAAUUCGAAGACGUAGGGGUCACUUACUCUGAGAAAUGGGAUUUGUACGGUAUGCCGAUGUAGUCCCCACGAGAAUGGUACCAGAAAGCGUCUUAUUCGAGAAGAUCUUCGGAGUGUUUCGGACAAAUCUCUUUAUUUCAUUCAUCAUAAUUUCUCAACAGGUUCAGUGAAUAUUUCUCAGUAGCUUAAAAUAUUUAAUUUGAAGUGUUAACAAAGUAUAUUUUUUAGCGGGCUUUAUAUUCCAGGGGUCAGACCAGACAACUAAAUGAAACACCAACGUACCAUUCACAUGGUCUACAUCUUAUUACACAGAUUCUUUUCUGACCAUUUCUCAGUGAUUAUAGCCUGCGACACAGACCAGACAAAACUGAUCGAGGUUAAAUAACUUCUGUAACACAGACUGAUUCAUUUCCCACUCUUGGAUCUUGAGCAAACCUCCUGAGCUGCCUCAAGCCUGUAAAUGGUACCCCUUUUCAGCUUGAUGGGUGGGUUGGUUAGAGGAAAGGAGAUCAGUUAAAGGACAAAGUUGAGAGCGAGAAGAGAGAGGGUCAGGGUGUUACUGUCUUCCCAUUUGCUUUCUCAUUUCCCCUUUUCCACCCCUUUCGGACCUUAGACAGUUACAGAGCUACAAAAAACGGCCUGUCACGCUUUUUGCGUGAUCGCGAUAGAAGCAAGACACGUGACUGACAUUUUUUGCACGCAAUUUCUAAGAGGAACUGUUGUGUUUGCAGACGAGUAAACAGUUCUUUCAUUCAAGAGGAUUAAAUUCCACUUGCACCAUGGCUGGUAAGUUGUUUGAUCCAGCGUAGUAUACAUUUGAAAAUCGCCAGCUUUGGCGCGUUAUUGAUGGCUAGACACUAUAAUUUGACGAUCGAGGCGCUGUUUGGUGAGAAACCAACGCCCACGCCAUUGCAAAGUUUUCGCCAAUUUGUUAAACGUUGGUUCGAAAAGCUAUUAAUAAGGUUAACCCAUUUGACACGAUAACCUGAAAUUGUUUUUUUGAGUAGAUCGAGGGACUGUAAUAAAAUGAAACCGCAAAGAUAUUGUCGUCUGUUCGACAGCCGAUAACGAUAUGCGAUUUCAUAUCUCGAGGAUAAGAAAGAAUGUAGUGUUGACAGUGUGGGUAAGCUUGCGUAUUUAUAUGCAAGCUAGCUAAAUUGAAUGGAAUUUUGUGCCUGUGUGAAAACUGUCCCGACCAAGAAUGAACGUAUCAUACAGAUUUAGGAAUGUAUCUUUUUAUCUAUCAUUUUAAUAAGCCUCUAAACAGCCAAUUACAUUUUUAGUCCUCAAGUGUCGAACAUUGAAUCCUGACGAUGUUUUGUGGGUUUUUCCGUUAAAAUAAAUUACAAGGCGUAUUUAUGGGCCUUUUUGAUGCCUGUCUUUCACUGUUUAUUUUACAAACAUAAAUAACGUGUGUUCGUGACGUAAAAACUUCGUUUUCUUUUUGUGAAUACAUAAUUAACUGUUGCCAUUCACCUCACAGGACACCCAAGUGUAUCUUAUGUUAAGUAAAUACGCCGAUUCAGGAAAAAACCGGAAGUUGCAUGGAAGCGAGGCCUAAGGGCCCUCACACUUAAAAUGACGACGUAACAAAAAGAUUCUUGUAAGCAAAAUAAGACAACUGCUGCACCCACAUAAAAUAAUCGAAGUGAAAAUCGGCCGGAUCUCACCUAUAUACCAAAAAAGUUUCAUCAGAUCUUGAAUCAAGUAGAAGAUGGGAAAAAGGAAUAUUGUUGUUUAGAGCAUUUCGUACCAAACGACUACAGAAUUAGUCUCGCCGGACAUAGAAAGGUCGACUUAAAAAUAGGAGGCAUCCGUUCCUGUUUCUGCUUCGUCUUCAGCCAAAUCAAAUGUUAAAGAAUAACGGGGACAUAAGGAAAAGUAUCCCAUGAGAAAAAAAAAGGUCAGAAGAAUCGUCAUUGAGUGAUAAAGUACAAGCUGUUAAUUUAUAGGUCUUCCAGCGAUCGAACAAAUUGUUGAAGCGAAACGUUUAGAAGUGGAAAUCCUUAAAAAAGGAUUAAGGAAGAAGGAGUAGGUUUUCACGUUUGGUCUGGAACGCAUUUUGUAAAACCCAGAUGAUAUUCAUUUAGUCUACACUGGGUUUAGCCUGCGUGCAGAUGAUAACUAAACUCUGAUUAGUACCGUCUGCGAAGCAGCGCAGAGAUCCUUGUUCUGGACCCCCAACGGACUCAACGAAUUACCGGAAGUGCGUUUCGAAUUCCCCUUCAACCUGAUUGGCGAUCACGACAAACAAAACAAAGGUCUUUUUUAACUGGCCAAUCAUGGCGCGUACUCAAAUCUGGGUACACAGCUGGAAGUCCAGAACAAGGAUUUCGGCGCUGUUUCGCAGACGGAGUUAACCAGAGUUUAAUUUCGUCUGCGCGAAGGCUACACUGGGUUUCGAGAUUAUGAAACUUUACUUUACGUUUAGCGUUUUGGAAGUAUUAUAGAACCAAGCGUUUCCCGUCUAACGUAUUAUAGCAGUGUGAGAGAUGUCACUUAAGUGAAUACUGACGACGUUUUCCAAAAAAUAAAUACACCUGGAAAAAAUAUUUUUCAAAUUUUUACUUUUGGGGGAAGGAAAUGGAUAUAAGGUAUAAUAUCACACACAAUUAAUAGUUAGUGUGCAAACAUUAAAUUUGUUACAGGUUGUGACAUGACAGAUUAUAAUAAGGGAUUCUUCACAUGUAGGAUCAGAGUGAAUAAAAGACCUGUGCUAACAAUAACCCAAGCCGACUUGCUUGAUUUACAAAAACUAUCUUAACUUGAGGUCAUACCACAGGCCAAACUUGAGCAUGGGGUAUGCUAAUUCUGGUAAAAUGUAUUGGUCAAAAAAGUUCUAAAGGUGUACUAAUUUCUCCUUCCAUGAUGCCAUAAUAAAAGGUACCUGCUGCUGAAACAAUUCCUUGUUGAUCCAUGCUGAAGGGCUGAUCUAUUAAAUGAUUUGUGUUCAAUUUCAGGUAAAUUACAGUAUCUGUAUUGUUGACUGUGUUUAAUUGGCUCAGUGAGACAAGAUUGUAUUUUUUUGACACAUGAGAUUGUGAAAUUGAUUUGUGGUCACAUCAACUAUUGUCUGUGUGUAUUGUUGGCUGUGAUUGUUAAAUUGACUUGAGACACUGUUGUAUUUGUUAAACAUGGAUUUGGUUGGAGAACAGAAGUAUAUGUACUAUUGUCUGUAGAAGAAACAGAUGUGAGUAAAAUCUUUCAUUUGCAUUUGUAGAGCAAAUCCUUUAGCAGCAAUUUCAAUUAGGGAAUUCACAAGUACUAUAUCAGAAGCAUUGGGAUUCAUCUUUUAAAAGGGAAGACCUUUGUUAACUCUGACAAUGUUCACUUUGAGUUUUUCAACAGUAUAGGGGUCUAACUUUCUCGAUUUCAAACGACAGGGAUCAUAAAAAGUAGACAACAGGCCCCUCCUCUUAUGACCUGGUGUGUAUGCAUGGUGCCUUGGCUUGAUAAGCUUUAAGGCCAUGAUUGACCGCUAGUGUUCCACUAUUCAUCUACCUGGAAUUCCUCAUUUUCUUGACUAAGAAGUGCUGGGAACGUUAUUCUCGCAUUGAUUUUUCAUUUCAUUGUUCCAUGACAUUUCAUCCAAUUUCCAUUUAACUGCCAAGACAACUGCAAGGCAACUGCAGCCGCUCCUACCAGCAGGACAUAAUAAAUCAAACGCGGCUAGUCAUAAGUUUGGGUUUUCCAACUGGGUUAACAAUCAUACGUGCUUUAUAUUUGACACAAUAUUUUUUGCAGGAGGAACAACAAAAAGCCAUGGCCUAAUGUAAACAACGUCGUUAUCAACAGGUUUAGAUACUUCAUGAUCAAGAUCAUGAACAACAUUUCCCCAAUGGCAUACGUAGAGAGAGAUUUUUUUCAGUAAUCUUGCCGCAAUCCUUACGGUGACCUAGGGUAUCGGUCAGUGUCGCUGGAGAUGGGCCUGGUGAAACCUUUGCCUGGAUCAGGAUCAUAACCUUUAUCUCUAUUUUCAGACAUAACAUUAAGGUUCUUGUCUCUGUGGGCCAGGAAACAAAUGAGUUUAUUGUAUCUAUCGGUCGGUUUGUAAAGUUAUAAAAUUAUUUCACCUUAAACUUAACUUUCGUUAAGGACUUUGUUGUUACCGCCUUGGUUUAUUCUUGUACCUUUUUAUUAGAAUUUUACCUGGUUUACUUUUAACCUGCAAAUUUUUAAGCUCCCGUUCUUUUUUCGGGUGUCAAUUUGACCACUUCAAUAUUUACUUGCUAGGUCUUGAAACUUUUUUCGACAACCAUUUGUUUUUACCGCCAGGCGCCGCAAAGGCCGAAGGGCCCUUAGGCCUUGCUUCCAUGCAACUUCCGGUUUUUUCCUGAAUCGGCGUGUUGGAAGUACCAUUUUUUUGUCUUGACUUCAUGUUUUGCCAUGAUUUGGGCAGGUUGUACAUCGUCUGGCGUAAAAGUUAUAGACCUUUCUUAUCCAAGUUCAAGUUUCAAGUCUUGUUUUUCUUAAUUUCCACACAAUGGAAAAGUAUAAUUAUUAUUAUCCAUGAAAGAGGUAGAAGUGAAAAAUGUUGAGGUGUAUGGUUGAGUGAACUUCAUGUAAUUAGCAGUCUUAUGUUGAAUUCAUAACUUAUAAUUUUCAUUUUUUAAUAUUAAGAAAGGUGUCCACGUUGCAAGGACAGAGUGUAUGCAGCUGAGGAAGUAAGAGCAGGAAACAUGAAAUUUCACAAGCGUUGUUUUACCUGCAACAACAAGCCUUCUUGUAACAAGUCUCUGAGUAGUGGCUCUUAUAAUGACAACGGAGGUAGGUUAUCAGCCUAAGCUGCCAUACGAAGUGUUGCUAAAGAGGAAUUCAAUAACUUCAGUUGCUCAUCUUGAUUGAACGCAUGGCUAUUGUGUUGAUGAAGCAGUUUGGUUGUUCUUUACAGCUGUACCGCAUAGUCUUAUUUGACUACCUUUUUUCUUAAAUAGGGAGGCAUUCCACAUGACACAAAUAAUUUACCUUGAGGUUACCAUUUUGUCAUAGCAGUUUUCAACAAUGCAGUUUAUAAUGUUGUGUUUUAAUUGUAGAUAUGAUGCAUCAAUCAAUGAAGUUCCUUGCAUCCACCCCAUCCCCCAAUGCACCCCACACCCCCUACCCACAAUAUAUCCUUAAAAAUUCAUGUAAUUUUGGUCAAUUUUAUCUUACUACUUUUAAUGCCUCUAGGGGCUUCUUUUUGUGAAAGAACAAACCCAUACAUAAUCCACGCAGUCAGAAAAUUCAUGACUUGGGCCAGUUAUACCAGUAUAGUAAAGCUGUGAAUACAGCCAGUCUCACCCCAGUUAUGAGAAUCAAACAUUCCCUUGACAUCCCGGACAAAGCUAGCCCAGCAUGGCAAAAAUUAAAACCCGUCAGUGUCAAUUCACUGGUAGUAAAGUCAUUCUCAAUUUAAAGUUCCAUGACGUCUUUUAAGGCAAAUCAAGAAAAUCUCUUUCAAUCAUUGGAGAUGAGAUGGUGUCCACUGGCUUGAGAAGGGUGAAGAUACCAUGUUACGUUGAUUGAAUGUUGAUGAUUUGCCCAGUGAUGGUGUGAAAGUUUUGUAUGUGAAUGCACCAGGAAAUGUGACAAUCAAGAUGCUGCAUAAUGAUCAACAAAAUAAUGAAGGCUUUUGUGAAACAGAUAGCAUGGGACAUUACAGCACAAUUCUCCAUUGUUGGUGAAGUUUCAGUUAAAGCUUAGUACGAUAAUUUAGAUCCGUAGAUCACUAUUUAUGAGAAUUCAACAUCCUGCAUGAUGUUGUUAUACCCUCUCUUUCUCAGUGGGUACAAAACCUCUUUUGGUUGGGGGGCGGGAAAUUAGCAGAGAAAAGUGAGUGCAGGCUUGAAUUCUUGUGACAGGUGGGGACAGAUCUUUCAGCUUUUGCAUGCACUUCAUUAUGGCCAAUAUUGUAUCUACAUGAAUACCCCACAAAAACCUUUGGAUAGGAAAAAAUGAUUUGCAUUUUAAAAUUCCAGCAGAGAGGUAGACUCUAACGUAACUUUUGUUUGCUCAUGGUUUUCAGGAGAAGUAUACUGUAAAGGUUGCUAUGGAAAACUUUUUGGGCCCAAAGGAUAUGGGUAUGGAGCUGGAGCUGGUGCUCUUCACUUAACUGGAAAGUAA